GACCCAUUUCCCUACGAUCCAACCGCCGCACGAAACGAAAACCAUACCACAUUAUCUUACCUCACAUCGUCAAUCUACGGAUCUAUCCUCGCAUUUUCAAACCACCCGUCAUGUCCGCAGCACCAGCCUCUGGCGCCGUCCCAACAACAAAGGCCACCAGCGCCGAUAAAUCAUCCGCCGAUGCGUCGAAAGAUCAAAAGCCCGUCACUACAUUAGAGGAAGACGACGAGUUUGAGGAUUUCCCAGUUGAGAACUGGAGCCAAGAAGACACAGAAGUACCCGGCGACAACACACAUUUGUGGGAAGAGAGCUGGGAUGACGAUGAUACUUCGGAGGAUUUCUCUGCGCAGUUGAAGGAAGAAUUGAAGAAAGUCGAAGCAAACAAGAAGAGAUGAGCAGGAAAUAUUUUGUUCCAUGGGUGAUACACAAUCAAUCGGGAGUUAAGGGCAUGACAUCAUAUCACAUACAGCACAUCAAAGUAGAAAUUACUAGAAGAUGAUAGGCAUAC